AUGGGAUACUCAACUAUAUUCACCGAAGCGUCCGCUGCUUGCUUCGAGCUUUCUUACAGCUCUAAGCCUGUUGCAUCAUCCUCUUCAUCCCCUUUGACACACUUAUCUACGAUCCCUCUCGCCGUACGCAUCGUCGACAACUCACAGGAUGGAGGGAUGACUUCUGACACGAAGAUCGGCAUAGUAGUCGCUGCAGUCCUUUUUUUCAGUCUCAUCCUGGGUUUCUGCCUCGUAGCGCGUAACAAAUCUCGUGCUCGUUCCAUCCUUCCUACGCGCCAAGCCGUGCAAUCCCCUGCUCAGCGCAAGCGUAAAUCCCCCUCUGUCUACAGCGUGCAGAGUGGGGUGUAUGCGCGGUCUCGUAUUGACACCGAGGCCGCAGUGCGUCCAGGGGACAAAGCUACCAAAGCACCGUCCUGGACGGAACGCCAUCCUGCUCACUUGACGCCCGGGCGACGUUCGCAGGCUUCUGUAUCUACCUUAUCUGUGGUGUCCGAUACGACCUACGUCGGUUCUACAGAGUAUGAAGCUGCGCUUCCCACAUUCCCCUCACCAUGUCUGCAUACUUCUGAUACUUUCCGUUCCCCAUACCAAUUCGACCGUGCACAAGCCCAUUCGUAAAUAUGAUUUCGUUCGACCUUAUUCCUUUCUAUAUCAUUUAUUGUUCACGUCGAUACCUACUUUAUGAUGUAAUGAGAGGCAAUGACACCUGGAUUACAGUAGCAUACAAGUUAUUCAUACCCUACAGACAUUUCGAUUCAUCGUUCAAAGCUGGCGGAUAUGGUGUAAAAAUAAUGGUAGAACGCACGG